GCUGGGGAGGGAGGAGCCCCAAGGCUGGGCGUCUGAACCCCACAGCCCUACCUCUCCGCUUCCCUCUUUCGCUGCGUCUUUGUGCAUUUUGCUUCCUUUAGCAGCCAAAGCUCUUCCGAGAAUCUGCAAGGGACCUCGGCCAAGCAGAGUGGGAGGAUCCUCCCACGCCGGGGAGACCGAAGGGCAUCGCUCCCCGCGCCGUGCCCGCCGCUGAGCCCGGAGUGCGGACACCCCAGGGAUGUGAGUGCGCCCCCCACCCCGAGGCCCGCACUCCACGCCCCGAUUCGCGGUGAGCGCCGAGGCGCGCGCGCGGGGACCAGGGGAGGGGACUCGGCGCGGGGUUCCCGGCCCCCCAGCCCAGGGGUGGGGACGAGGACGGGGACGCGGCGCGCAACCCUCCCCCGCCGGCAGGCCUGCGCCCCAGAGGACCCCCGCCUGCAGCCCCCGCGCCUCUUUCAGGCCCUAUCGGAGCAUGCUGCCUGCAGCCAUGAAGAGCCUCGGUCUGGCGCUGCUGGCCUUGCUUCUCUGCCCCUCGCCGGCCCAUGGCCUGUGGUGCCAGGACUGCACCCUGGCCAAUUCCAGCCAUUGCGCUCCGAAGCAGUGCCAGCCCACCGAUACCGUUUGUGCCAGCGUGCGGAUCACCGACCCCAGCAGCAGCAGGAAGGAUCAUUCUGUGAACAAGAUGUGUGCUUCCUCCUGCGACUUCGUUAAGCGGCACUUUUUCUCAGACUAUCUGAUGGGGUUCAUUAACUCUGGGAUCUUAAAAGUCGACGUGGACUGCUGCGAGAAAGAUUUGUGCAACGGGGCAUCGGUCGCAGGACGCAGCCCCUGGGCCCUGGCUGGGGGGCUCCUGCUCAGCCUGGGGCCUGCUCUUCUCUGGGCUGGGCCCUAAGACCCCUCCCUCCCUCCUGCUGGGCUUUGGAGCUUGUCCCCUAAGCCUGUUGCUGCCCCUCCCCAGCCUGGCCUGGCUGGGGCUGGGACAGCAAGGGUUUGGCAUCAAGGUCUGAGGCUCUCAACCUCCCUAGAUGUGAGUGAGCCUUCUCCGUUUCUCCACCAGCUCCAUAUCCCAAGCAGCUGAAUAUCUCCAGGAGUCCAGACAUCCUGGCAGGAAGCUGGGGUAGGGGGGAGGGGGAGGGCAAGGGACUGAGACCCUCCAGGUCUCCAAGGGGAGGGAGGUCAAGCCAGGGACAGCCCAACAGCCUGGCCUGAGGGGCAUUAACUACAGAGAAAUAAAGUCACUUCUGAGUCUUGUG